AUGGGUGAGCAACAGAGAUGCGAAUCGUGCAUCAGUCUGCAAUGUCCUCCUGGGCCUGAAGGACCACCAGGUUUAGAUGGUGAGCCAGGCGCCAACGGUCGACCGGGUAUGCCCGGAAAGGCUGGCAUUGACGGCAUCGAUAUGCUCGAUCACGCUGAACCUGUCUUUCCUUGCGUGAUCUGUCCGGCAGGGCCGCCGGGAAAUCGAGGACAGCAAGGAGAACAAGGAAGACCGGGUGUUCCUGGAGAAGCCGGCCAUCCAGGACUGCCCGGUAAAGCCGGCUUGCCAGGUGUUGUGGGACCUGCUGGGCCACCCGGUCCAGCAGGGGAGGAAGGGGAUCCGGGUAUCAAGGGGCCACCCGGUGACGACGCGAUUGGUGGGACAGGCAUUAAGGGACCGCCGGGUCCACCAGGCCCGCGUGGUCCUAAAGGUCCACCCGGACCAAAUGGUAUCCCGUCCAACAACGCAGGACCUCCAGGUGGUAUCGGUGAAACGGGGCCGCGAGGGCCACCAGGAAAACGAGGCGAACCAGGGCCUCCCGGACCAGUUGGCUUGCCCGGCGAAGUGGGACAACCAGUGGGGCAGUGCGCAUCAUCAUGUGGUAUACAAGAAAUUAUUGCGCCUUCAGUUCUCGAGCUGGACGUCAAUGCCUGGAAUGACUGA